AUGACGGAAGAAGACCUCGACGGGCCUGAUGGCCAUCAAUCCAAUGGCAGUGCCGACACGAGAACCUCACAGCCACGACGACGAAGUGCCGUACGCGCUCUGAUCCAGGACUUUAGCCCGGUCUGGGUGACCUGGAGCAUGAAUACUGGAAUUCUUGGUCUACUGUGCCACACCCUUCCCUACCAGUUUUCCGGCUUGGGUAUCAUCAGCAGCGUCUUGUUUGUCAUCGACUUGGUUAUAUUCGUUCUCUGCAGCACGCUCAUGGUCUUACGCUUCCUUCUCUAUCGCAAAGCAGCUUGGACUGAGAUCACUGGCGACGUGAAUGAGCUGUGUUUCAUGGCUUGCUUUCCCAUCGCCUGGAUGACCCUCACCACUUUGACCGCUCUCAUCGCCAGCAACGCAUACUGGGGUGGACACGCAUUCACAGUCCUCGCCUAUGUCAUGUGGUGGAUCUCGGUGGUCUGGGUCCUGCUGUUUGGCAUCGCAAUAUACAUCAUCCUGACCCUGAAGCCACUGACCGAGGCUCGAAACCUAAGUCUGGCCAUCAUAUUGCCAGCUGUCGCAACUAGCACCGCCGCUGCCGAAGGAGGGCUACUGUCAAUAUACUCCAAGGACAUCUCAGCUAGACUGGCAGUCCCCAUGAUCAUCUUCAGUUUCAUGCUGGUUGGCGUCGGCUUCUUUAUUGCCAUCCUCGUCUACGCACUGUUCUUGCAGCGGAUCCUGGUCAAUGGUUGGUUCGAUGGCGUGAGAAGACCAUCCUUGAUCAUCCUGCUUGGUCCAGUUGGCCAGUCAGCCACAGCGCUGAUGGCGCUCUCCACAGCGGCGACCAAGCAUUUCGCUGAAUACGGGAGAGGUAUAUUCCUCCAACAGCAGGCCGCUAUGGCUCUUCACGGUGCAUGUAUGGUCUUCGCCCUGAUGAUGUUCGGCCUGGGGCUGUUCUGGACACUUUGGGCCCUCUACGCAAUACUACACGCCGUCUUUACCAGGGAUAUCAAGUGGACACCAGCUUGGUACAGUACCAUCUUUCCAUCUGGCACGAUGUGCAGUGCUAUGAUACUCUUUUCCGAGCAAAUGGACAGUCCGACCUUCCGCGUAUUGGCUACAGCUUUGUUGAUUAUCUUGGUUGUCAACACGCUUGUCAAUGCCGCAUACACUCUCCGAGGAAUAGCACGGCGUCAGAUCCUUAUUGUGCGGGAAGACCCUCGCGUGAAAAAGGAAGGAUAG